UGUCCCUCAUGGUAUAAAUUCUUGACUGCUGUCACAUUUGCACAGAAUCUUCAAUCUGAAAGACUCAGAAUGGCUUUUCUUAUUUCUGUCUCAUUUAUCCUCCUCUCCUCAGCACUUGCUGAUUCUGAUCUGAUCCCAAAUGAUACUCUUUAUGAAGAAAUCUAUUUUUACAAGCAGGUAGAACUGGGUAUUCAGUGUAAGAUGUGCACCAUGGUUGUGAAGAAACUGGAGAAAAUCCUACCUGAUGAUCCCAAAAAGAAUGAUCUUAUUAAUAAGCUGCACGUUGUAUGCAGCAAGAUUUUGGUUUUUCAAUCCACAUGCAAGAAAUUUGUGUCCAAGUAUGCUGGAAAACUUGCUGAGGAAUUAAAGAACAAGUCGGAUCCAACACAAAUUUGUAGAGACAUUGGGUUCUGCAAGGGGAUCCUAUAAGAGAUUUGAUUUAUUUACAGAAAUAUUGAUAGUCAGAGCUUGGAGUCCUCAAACACAGAGCACUUGUGAUUCAAUAAAACUUGCAAAAG